UCAGUUCACAGAGUUAGUGCAUUAUGCAUUAAGCGUUCGCGCGUCAUGUCGCUCUUCAACGUUUGCAACUGGUGGCACACACAGUGCUCCGAUCUGGAGGAGAACUAUGAUGUAGCCAGUUUACUGUGCGCUCGCUUCGGACUUGACGAUAAUGAAAAGGACUAUGUGGUUGUGGGUUCGCAUAGCGGUAACUUGAGCAUUUUCUAUCCACGCUUGGAUCAAAAUCGACGCCAUGAAGAUGGUGAGGCUUUUAGACCGACCGACUUGCUGUUGGAGGUGAAUCUUAAAGCGCCGAUACUGGGCAUAUAUGCGGGGCGGUUUAGUGGUGGACAAUUGGCUGAUGAAAAGCACAAUCAACUUGCCGUUUUACAUCCGCGUUCGGUGUCCAUUUAUAAGCUCCAGACCAUUGGUGGCGUCGCUGAGCAUGGCGCCCAGCUACGUCUGGUUUGUUUGGCCGAUUAUAAGCUGAAACGUGGUGCGUUGGCGUUGACGAAGGGUGCUUUUGGGCGUGUCAAGGGACGUGAGUUCUUCUGUAUUACGCAUUUGGAUGGCACGCUGACGUUCCAUGAGCAGGAUGGUAUUUUGUACGAAUGUCAAUUGCCGGGUAAUCGUGCAUUACCUGUGCCAGUUGUCUAUUGUGAACGGACGGAUAGCUUUUUUCGCUUUACAGCCGGUUGGAAUUUGGAGUGUUUUACCUAUCAGGACCUUUCGCACUCUUCCUUAAAUCGUUCGGAAUUCCAGCCCUCUUGGUCGAUUUGCAUCGGUGAAGGUAUUGUCGACAUAUGUGUGGUGCAGACGAAGUCAAAUUCAGCCUCAAUUAUGAUACUGGGCGAGCGCAACUUUAUUAGGCUAACCGAUGAUGGAUUGGUUGAUUUCAUUCUGAAAUUGGAUUAUACGCCAAGAUGCUUUCAUUCCUUCGUUAUCGGCUACUAUUGGGAACCGGGCGCACGCUUAAUCACCGCCAUUGCCUCCGAAAGUGGCAAACUCUUCAUUUACGAGGCUGCUAAUAUUAUUUGGGCCGCUCAGUAUAAAGACGACGCACCGGUA